CCUCAUUCCCCACUUCCAUUUCUUCUCUCGGUAGAAAGAUUCCGCAACGAUGAAAAUCUUCAAUCUGCUCCCCGCAUUCGUUCUUCCGCUUCUCACCCAAGCCCAAGAUUCCACUUACGAGUAUGUAAUUGUUGGUUCUGGGCCCGGAGGCGGUCCUCUGGCUGCGAAUCUCGCGCGAGCCGGUCAUUCGGUUUUAUUGCUUGACGCGGGUGAUGAUCAAAGCGAUAAUCCCAACAUCACAAGCACCUGGAACUUCAUCAAUGCGUAUGAAGCUCCAAAUACGAGAUGGGAUUUUUGGGUCGCGCAUUCGGAUGAUGAGGAGAAGGAGAAGGAGUAUUUGCAUACUACGUGGAGAAAGACUGAUGGGAGUUUUUAUGUUGGAUUGGACCCGCCUGAAGGUGCUGAGAGGUUGGGUGUUUGGUAGGUUAUUUCCAAUGAAUCGUGGGGGGAAACAGUAUCUGAAAUUGUAACUAACUUAUAUUGAAGGUAUCCUCGUGCCGGUAUGUUGGGUGGUUGUGCCAUGAAUAACGGUGCAAAUAUCGCUAUGCCAGCUACCGCAGAAGUAAUUGGACUAUUUCCUUUUCCCCAUGUACUCCAUCUGACUAAGCCUAUGUCAAAUAUAUUUGGCGGCUUCUUAUUAAGUUAUUCUCUCUCGAAAGAUUGAUCAAACUGCGGGCUUUCCUAAAACAUUAGAGACAACAAAAGCUGACUUGACUAAAAUCAGUGGAAAUAUAUUGCCGAUAUCACAGGUGACGAUUCCUGGUUGGAAGAGAACAUGCGACAAUAUCUCGUCAAACUCGAAAGCUGCAACUAUGUCCCCAAUGGAAGUACAUCAACUCAUGGUUUCAAUGGAUGGCUGCAGACAUCACAAGCUACGAACGCCUGGGCAAGCGAUCUUACUUCAGAUAGCUUCGUAAUUGCGAGCUUGGUAGCCAAUGCUACUGGAUCUGGAGAUGCCGCUUUAUCUGAACUUGUGAAAAGGGAUAUGAAUGCAGCCGAUCCGGAUCGCGAUCAAAGGCUAGGAAUUUUUGGACCUUUGACCCAUGAUAAGAAUGGAAUUCGCUCCUCCCCAGCUUAUUACAUUAGGGAGACCUUGGCAGACGCGCAGAAAUUCCCGCUCACGGUUCAGCUCAACACAUUUGUCACCAAGAUCAUUUUCAACACUACUGAUCCCAAUGCCCCUGUAGCUACUGGUGCUGAAUUCGUUCAAGGCCCACAUCUUUACAGCGCUGAUCCUUUCUAUAAUUCUUCUGAGACGGGUGUUCCAGGCAAAGUAUUUGCUUCAAAGGAAGUCAGUAAGUGAUGAUGGAUUUUCUCUUCUCUCACGCUUCGCUUGACCUAUUAUCCUAUUUUCUACCUGCAGUCGUCCUCAAACCUGGUACGGAUCUGCAAUAGCUGACUCCUUGAACCCACAGUCAUUGCGGGUGGUGCAUUUAAUAGUCCACAGAUCCUCAAACUGUCCGGAAUCGGACCAGCUGCUGAGCUCGAGAAGUUCAACAUUCCAGUCAUUAAAGAUCUCCCCGGAGUUGGGGCUAACCUGCAAGACAACUACGAGGGUGGAAUCAUGGGUCAGUACGAGAAACCGAUCACAGGAGGGCCCUUCUUUGAUGUAAGUCAAGCAACCUGCCCCCAAUAAGUAGUAACUAAUCACCGUCCUUCAGGUGAUGCUCAAGACGGCUCUUGCAAAAAUCAGAAACAUCUACUUCUUCUGCGGAGUAUUCUCUUUUGAAGGAUUCUGGCCCGAGUUCCCGACUCAAUACGUCAACGAAUUUCUUUGCGCAAUGGUUCACAUGAACCCCAAAAACAUCAAUGGUCGUGUCCUUCUAAAGAGCUCCGAUCCACGAGAAACACCAGAGAUCAACCUCGGAUUCUUCUCCAAGGGCGAUGACGAAGAUCUGAAUGAGAUGUACGAGGCAGCGAAGUGGAUGCGUCCUUACUUCAAUUCUGUCCCUAACAACAAGUUUACGGAACUCCAUCCUUGCACACAUGAGAACUGUACCGUUGCGGACCAGAAAGAGUUCUUGAGAGAUCAGAUCUUUAGUCAUCAUGUCAGUAGCAGUUGUGCUAUUGGAGCUGAUAAUGAUCCAUUUGCUGUGUUGGAUUCAAACUUUAGAGUAAGAGGUGUGAAGAAUUUGAGAGUUGUAGAUGCGUAAGUAACCUUCUUCUAUACUGCAUCCAUCUAGACCAAGGUUCUCCCAUAUAUCAAGCUAUAUCUCCUUCGCUUGGAGCAGCUUUUGUUCAUACAACCAUGUGCUGAUUUUGAUUUAGGAGCGCGUUCCCAAAGGUACCAGGUGCCUUCCCUGUUUUGCCUACCAUGGUGAUCAGUGAGAAAGCUGCCGAUGUGAUCUUGAGAGGAGUUGAGUAAGGGAAACUCGCGUUCUGUAUAUAUGAGCUUUCGGUAUAGAUGCAAUGGGUUUCUUUUCCGACGGAUAGGCCAGCGUUCUUUUUUUUAGAUACGCGAGUAAAGAAAAGUGUCGCAUCUCGAUUCAUCCAAGCGCACUUGAACUUAGGGUCGAGUUCUAUAAAUUCGAUGGGAUUAUAAUAGCUACUAUAGUUAAGCUCUUCUAGUAAAUAGUUAGGUCUA